CUUAAUUCGGUGUGCCUUGUUGGAUUUAGCGCACCGAUUGUGUUAAGAGUGUGGUUUGAUGCAGUGCGCAAUAAAGUAUGCAUGCAGUCUCUAAGAGAGUAUCUCGUGAAGUUAUGCAUGUGUUCCAUUUAAUUAAACUGUUACGCUACACUGUUUACCCUUUGACAUGCGCGCAAGAGGUCGGAAAAUUAUAAAGACCCAUCUGUUCAACAGCUUACACCAAACUUGUUCCCCCACAACUACGAACAUCUUCGCUUUCGCGCUCUCCCCCUUCGUAACUCAAAUCUCAAUUCAUAAUGUCUGGUCGUGGAAAAGGUGGUAAAGGUCUCGGUAAGGGUGGUGCCAAACGUCAUCGUAAGAUUUUGCGUGACAACAUCCAAGGUAUUACAAAGCCAGCUAUCCGUCGUUUGGCUCGUCGUGGUGGUGUUAAGCGUAUUUCAGGUUUGAUCUACGACGAAACCCGUGGUGUUCUCAAAUUGUUCUUGGAAUCCGUCAUUCGUGAUUCAGUCACAUACACCGAACACGCAAAGCGCAAGACAGUUACAUCUCUUGAUGUCGUUUACGCUCUCAAACGUCAAGGCCGCACAUUGUACGGUUUCGGUGCUUAAGCAUCUCCUUUUUUCCUGAGGAACAUCAUUCCUUCAGCGUCCAUAUAUGCCAUUUGGCUCUUGUACUAUAGCCUCGUAAUCAGUAUGUCACAAUCGUGAUCUAUGGCGCCUUUU